AUGUCUGUCGCCUGUCAGUUCCACCCGCACGCUCAUUUGGUUGAGGACCAUAGGGCUGGUGACCUAAUUUGUCCAGAGUGUGGAACUGUUGUUGGAGAUAGGCUUGUUGAUGUUGGAACGGAAUGGCGUUCGUUUAGCAACGAAAGUUCUGGAACAGAUCCAUCUCGUGUUGGCGCUCCCGAAAAUCCACUUCUUGGUGGGUCUGAUCUUUCUACAUCGAUUGCUGUCGGAUUUGGAGGAUCGGAAAGCGAUCAGAGCUUAGCGAAUGCGCAGAGGAAGAACAUGAAUAAUACUGACCGGCAGAUGACACAGGCCAUUAGUGUCAUAAGGGAAAUGAGUUCACGAAUUCAUCUUGCGAAGUCCAUUGAAGAUAACGCCGCAAAAAUUUUUAAAGACGUUCUGGAUAGCAAAGCUUUGAAGGGGAAGAAUAAUGAAGCUCAGGCUGCUGCAUGUCUUUACAUUGCGUGUCGUAAAGAAGGGGUUCCUCGGACAUUUAAAGAAAUUUGUGCAGCAUCCCGUGUUUCUAAAAAGGAGAUCGGAAGAUGUUUCAAAUUGAUUAUCAAAACUCUUGAAACCAAUUUGGAACAGAUUACUAGCGCUGACUUUAUGUCACGAUUUUGCGGGAAUUUGGGCUUGCCACACAGCACUCAAGCAAUUGCCACGAGAAUUGCUAAAAAGGCAGUGGAACUAGAUCUUGUCGCAGGGAGAAGUCCUAUUUCUAUUGCUGCUGCAGCUAUUUACAUGGCUUCCCAAGCUUCUAAUGAAAAGAAGACUGCUAAAGAGAUCGGUGAGAUAGCUGGCGCAGCAGAGGUGACGGUCAAACAAACUUACAAACUUUUGUAUCCGAGAGCUGCAGAAUUGUUUCCCGAGGAGUACAAAUAUUCUACAAAUUUAGAUUCUUUGCCAACUUCGUAA